GGAACAGGAAGAUGCGAUACUGCCCGGAACCGCGGAGGGCGGGCGCACGCAGCCUCCCUGGGCUCCGUGGAGAUAGGGAUACACAGCGUCCCGGUCGCCAUGAAAACAGGCCACACCCCGGCGGUCCCGGCCGGUGCCUGCCCAGUGCGCAGACGCGUGAGCCGUUCCGCGCAUGAGCAGUGAGGCUUGGAGCCCGCCAGCCCGUGUCUCCGGCGCCAGCUACGCCGCUGUGGCUGUCACUAUGGCCCAUUACAAAGCCGCCGACUCGAAGCGCGAGCAGUUCCGGAGGUACUUGGAGAAGUCGGGGGUGCUGGACACGCUGACGAAAGUGUUGGUAGCCUUAUAUGAAGAACCAGAGAAGCCCACCAGUGCUCUGGAUUUUUUAAAGCAUCACUUAGGAGCUGCUACCCCGGAAAACCCAGAAAUAGAGCUGCUUCGCCUAGAAUUGGCAGAAAUGAAAGAAAAAUAUGAAGCUACUUUAGAAGAAAAUAAAAAACUGAAAGCAAAGCUUGUUCAGUAUGAACCACCUCAGGAGGAGAAGCGUGCUGAAUAGGAUUCUUCUCAGUUGAAAAGACACUGAAAACUGGUUUUGUAUCACUUGAAUAGCUUGUAUAGUAUAUGGUCUUUCCUGAAAAGAUGCUAUAAACUUUUAAUAUGUUAAAUUCACUCAUCACACCUUAAUGUUAUAAACACAUAUACAUAGAAUCACCAAUAAAAACUCAAUAUAACUUUCUUUGGGUCUUAAAGCAGGAGAAUCCAAAGUAGAUCUUGAAGAAAAGCUAAAGAGCCACAUACCUUUUCACCUUAAAAGACAUUUAUUUAUUAUCCAAUUAGGAAUGAUGGUACUGGUUGUAUUUUAGCUAGGAGAUUGAGCAUGGAGCUAUUCCUUGGUCCAGGACUUGAGCAUAGUAGGCGCACUCAUUCUUGACAGCAUAUAUUUCCUGUAGACUGCUAGACAUAUCUGUGAUGUACAGUGUUUUUACAUGGGUUCCCAUGCAGCUUCUGCUCUUUUAUAGAAAUAGAGAACAAACAACUCUUCUUUGCCACCACUUUGCCUUAGAUAACUGUGUGUGCCAGUAUGAACUGUGACACCACGUUUUCUUUCUAUGCAAUCAUGCCCACCUGAUAAUGCUGCCUUGCUGUGUGUGCUUUAGUGCGUUCUGGUUGCACAUUCGUCUGUGUCAUUUUCAGUUUGUAUAAUGCUGCAAACACCUUGAUUGUAAUUUACAUAGAUUUCAACAGAACUACACUCUUACCCUGCCUUCCUUCCUUCCUUCCUUCCUUCCUUGAGCACAGAAGAGAGAUAAAAUUCUGGGUUCAUACACAAACUGGGAUGGGAAAGGGGGAUGAACCAUUAUUUCACAGCAUGUAAUUAUACAGUGAUUUCUUUCUCCUCAAACAUAUUUUUUUGAGCCUUGAAUUAAUUUUAUCUUUAUUAUCCCUGUGAAGUAGGUAGGGCAAGUAAGGGAGCAUUGGGUGUUGAAUUUUUAGGCCAAAGACUGACAUACAGAUUUGUUGCUAACUAGAAACCUGGGCAGGUCAGUUAAUGGUUUGGAGAUCUACUAUUCUCAUCUGUACCAUGAAAACAUUUGCUGCCUACCUCACAGGGUUGUUGUGAGGUCAAAUGAGAGAAUGUAUAUGAAAGAUUUAUAAAUGGUAAAGUACUUGUUUUGUUAA